UAGUAUUUUUACAUUUCAGACUACAAUCCUUUGUUUUCAAUCAAAAUUUGAUUUUUUUUUUAGUUUGGGGGGAUCUGACGAGUCCAAUGCCUUCAUGGGGAACCUAAAAAUAUCUUGAAUUUAACGGAUAUCAAAGAUCUAGAACAUCUAGAGUCUCACUGGAAAAGUUAGGUUAUGUUAUUCACAAGAUUUUGAAUCAUGUAGUUCGGGUAUGAAGAACCCUAGUCUAAACAACCAGAAUAAACCUGUUUAACUAGUUUAAAAUGACAUGUGUCUACAAUCAACAACCGAAAAAUAAUUCUCCAAGUUCUCGAAUAUUGUAGCUAGUCUGGGGUACAAAUGGAGAAGAAAACAAUUGGACAGUCAUGGAAUCACCCUGGAAGAGCAUUCGACCGAAGUAUUUUUUAAUUGGAAUACUCAUUACGUUCAUCAUAACAUGUCUUAUCAGUACUCUGCCAUUUAACACCGAGGGAUGCAAAUGUCCUGGAUACUCUGAACGACUGCAGGACUCCAAAAAUGUGCGAAAACUCUCGGGGAAGUCGCUCCACAGAUUAGCUGUGCUCGUGCCAUUCAGAGAUCGUUUCGAGGAGCUGCUGACGUUCGCUCCCUACAUGAAACGAUUCUUAGAUAAACAGAAUAUCGAUUACAGAAUAUUUAUUCUCCACCAGGUGGAUAGAUUUAGAUUUAAUAGAGCAUCUCUGGUGAACGUGGGGUUCCUCCACGUCAAGAAUGAAUUCGACUACAUCGCAAUGCACGACGUGGAUUUACUCCCCUUGAACGAUAAUUUAUCGUACGAUUAUCCUGAUACACCGUUUCACUUGUCAGCACCUGAUCUCCAUCCACGCUAUCAUUAUUCAACGUUCAUUGGAGGAAUUUUACUCAUUAACAGGGAUCAGUUUAUCCAGGUGAAUGGAAUGUCGAAUAAAUACUGGGGAUGGGGCUUGGAGGAUGAUGAGUUUUACGUGAGAUUGAAGGAAGCUAGUUUGAUGGUUCGAAGGCCACAGAAUAUUUCCACUGGUACACAGAGCUCAUUCAGGCACAUCCACGACAAGAACCACAGAAAAAGAGACACAACUAAGUGUUUCAAUCAACGAGAAGUAACGAGAAGGCGUGAUCGUGAAACUGGGCUCGACAACGUCCCCUACAACAUACUUGAAGUGAUAAAUGCAACGAUAUCUGAUUCUCCAAUCACAAUAAUAAAUAUCGAACUCUUGUGUAAUAAAACACUGACCCCCUGGUGCGAGUGCAUAAAGACAAAUGAAAUUAAGGAUAAGAAAAUUAUAGCCGAAAAUUAAAAAAUGUAUUAUAAUAGAACGUCGAAAUUUUUACUGAAAUUCAUUCCAUAACUUCACAGCAUUUUGGAUUUAUUUAAUUAUUGAAAAAAAAAAACGUUUUAAUGUUGUGGUCAGACUCGUUCAUGAGCUAAUGCUUCAACUACUGCUGCAACCUAAAUCAGUAUAAGUAAUAAUAAAUGUAUAUACACACCUUUAGAUGGGGAAUUUCAUGUGAAUUUAAUGUGAUCAGAACAGUCAUCAUCACCGAUCAUAUUGUAAAUUUUGUCAAUGAUUGUAAAUAAUAUAAAAUGGAUUCUCGAAUUU